CAUUGUGCUUUCGGCAGUCAAGGAAGUGCUUGCAAAUAGAACGCAAUAAACGUCGUUUUCUUGCUUAUUUUCCUGAUCUUAGUGUGAUAACGACUGGCUGACAUAAUGGGAGAGUGCAGUGUUACCUCAAAAUUCUUCAUCGCUCUGCUGGGUCUUGUAUUUUGGGCUGCGGCAGCUGGACUUCUCUAUCUUGGAAUCAGCGUGUACAUAACAUAUCAACACUAUGAUGAGCUCUCAUCGGCAUACUACACACUCAUCCCAGCCAGCAUCUUGAUGGGAGUUGCCGUCUUUAUGUUUAUCUUGGGUCUCCUUGGUUGCAUUGGUGGAUGUAAGGAAAGCAAGUGUGUGCUCGCUGUGUUCUUCACCCUUUUGAUGGUGAUCUUGCUGGCAGAGAUUGCCGCUGGUGUCCUGGGCAUUGUCUACAAAGCUGGCAUUGAGAACAAUAUUGAGACUGGAAUGAAAUCUGCCUUCGGCAACUACUCUUUGGAGGACACAUUGACCGAUGAAGUGGACUACAUGCAAAACGAGCUUAAGUGUUGCGGACUCCACAAUUACACUGACUGGUAUGACACCCCAUGGGGUCAAAACCACACUGGGGUUCUUCCUGGAUCUUGCUGCGGAAAUGGCACUGGGGUUGUCUGUGAGCCUGGAGAUGUAUAUGAUCAGGGCUGUUUUGAUCUGCUGAAGAACGUGUUCAUGAGAUAUUUCGGGAUCAUAGCUGGUGUAGCAGUAGCAUUUGCUGUCAUACAGAUUCUUGGUAUGAUCGCUUCAUGUAUCCUGAUGUGCCGUACAAAGAACCGAGAAGGCUUUACCAAUCUUAUCGAAGAUGACAGGGGUUAUCGAGCAUAAAUCAGAAUGAACAAACCAUCGGUGAUAGUAAACUGUGUUAAAGAACUAAAUUCUUCCUAUUUUCAUUUGGUCACACGAUAAAGACACCGGCUACCCAUCAUACCAGUAUUCAACACUAUUGUAGGAAGUUUUCAGCCAAUGUAGGCAACAUGCACAUAUACUAUCUGGCUCAUUAUAUGCAGUAAAAGGGUUAAAUUUCUUUGACAUGGUGAACCUAAUCAUGCAUUUUGUGUGCUGAACUAGUUCGAGAGAUAAACCAUUUUGCAUAGAUUGGGUAGAAGGGUAGCUGAGUCUUUUGAUCGGUUGUGUUAUAUUCUAGUUCUUCUCACAUGAUCAGUUGUUGUCAGUACAAGGUAAUGGGUAAAAGGAUAGUUCAUCUUGCAAUUAUAAUGCAUCACCCAUCAGACUACACUCCAUUGCGAAGAGCAAAGUGAUGGCAAGCUAUACGUUUUAUAAGCCAAAAUGAAAUAUUUCAGACUCUUUAGGUCUUGAUAAAUUUCUUCAGAUACCACUUGGAAGGAGUUCAAUAAUGCCAAGCUUUAUUUUAGAGACCAGUAAAGAAGAAACAUGUUCGUGUUGGACUCUUAAAUCAAAAUAUUUUGCUGCAAAAUAUCGCUGGCCGACAUGGUUGUCAUUCUAAUCUAGGGUUGAAUAUUUUUCAUAUUCAUUGUAUCGCAUUUCCCUCCAUUUUAAACAAGAUAUCCUCAAAAUAUACCCACUCAAAUUUAUGAUGCUUUCCAUGUACACAUAUAUGAAGUAUAAAAUCUUGACAAUGUAUGGCUAUUUAUAAUGCCUAUUCAGACAUCAAAUAUCGAUUGGAGAAUUCUUGCCAAAAAGUGAAAACUUAAAGCAAAAUUGUGUUUCUGCAAAUCAUAAUUGUUGUCUUACUCUGGUAGGUUCCAGAAUAAUUUAAUUCUACAUGUGCUACCUUGUAUUUAUUAUGCUUUUGUGUUCCAUAUCUGUUACUGCUGUACAUAAAAUAAUACACAACCGUGACUAUGUAUUGUAAGCAAGACCAUGGUAUAUCGUACAUUGUCUUAUUUCCAUGUAUACAAUAGAACAUGCAUGUCAUUUAAAUCACUUCCUACUUAAAAUAGAUUAGAUUGAAGAGAUGUAUGACUGUGUUUACUUCUAAAAUGACUCUUGUUGUCCUAAAGUUCAUAGAUAUGGAGAAGACAUGUCAGGCAUUUUCAACCUACUUACUCGGGUCAUAUGAAAUAAAUUGAGUAAUUUAUCAUGCAAGGCCAUUGUGACACUGGGCUAUCACACUUUGAUCAUUAUGUAUGAUAAGUGUGGUGCGUCUGUGCAUUGCACUUUGGAGCUUUAUGUCCGAUGUCAUGACGCCAUUGGCCUACAGAUUAUGGCCAGUCUGACCUCACUGUCCCAGUUCUGACACUUGUCAUAAGUAAGUUCAAAAUUUUUACUUCAGAUGACGUUUUCAAUUGUUCAAAGUACUUGAUCAUCAGUUUGUUCAUUGAAAUUGUUAAUUGAAAUCAUUGCUUCUCAUGUAAACCUAUAUUCGUGUUCCUCAUAGUUCAGACAAACAUUUAAUUCCUUGAUUCAUUGUACUAUCUUGGUAUUCAAGUGUAUAAUCAUAUUAGGUGUAAUUGUCCACUGAAGCUGUCUCAAAAGAUUUCAUUUCUCAAUAUACUGCAACUGCUUCAUUUCACAUAUAGGCUAAUGGAAAAUUAUACUGCAAUAUCAUAUUCAAUAGUUUAUCAUUUGCUGUUAUAACAAUGAGAUAAAAGUUCUCCACAACAGUAAAAAAGCUGACCUGGGAUAAAGGCCUACGAUAUUAUACUGGUUAUUAUCAUAAUUUUUUUAUUCUAACCAUCAAUUAACACUGUUUGCAGUCUUGUGGCAGCUAAGUAUGUGGGUUAGACAUGAUGUGUUACUGUUAGGUGUUAAAAUUGCAUGAUAUUCUUCUCAACAUACUAUUUCUCUGUCAAUGAUUUUGAACAAGUACUGGUGAGUGAACCUUGUUCAGGGAGAUACCCUUGUGAACAUAAAAAAUCUAAUCCUGAAAAUCCAGCUGGUACCCUGAAAAUCUUUCUACUAUUACAAAUGCUCUAAAUAAGUGCUAAAUCCAUACUAAGAAACUAAGUUCCUACGCCUGCUGUUUAAUUGAUGAAAAAUCCACAGUUUUGUGUUUCCUCCCCAUAUGGGGACCCUGUGUUUUCGAUAUAAAAAGUUUCACAAAACUGGUAUUUAGGGUCCCUGGGCCCGAUAAAGUACCAUGACAUCGUUCUUUUCACACAGAAAUUUGACACUAGUGUUGCAAAGAUUUUCUUGAUAAUAUGGUCAAGGAUACCUAGGGUAAUUAGACAUGGUGUUCAGCUGAACAAGUCUGUGAUGUAAAUCUGUCAAUAAUGUACAUUGUGCAAAUAAAUCUUUUCUACACAAAA